UUUGCCGCUCAAAUCUUUCGGGGCGGGCGCGGAAAACGAAACGGAGAAAAGAGUGUCGUGUCGCAUUUUUUUCGAAAUUCAGAAAAGCAAAAUAACUCCGUUGAUAUAUCCCACAAAAAAAAACAAAAAUAAAUGUUAAUAUUUUCGCAACAAAAAAAUAAAAACACCCCAAGAAUAAAUUAUCAGGAAUAAAAAGAUAUGUAACAAUAUAUCCGCUAAAACAAACUGUUAUUUCCGAAGCUCGAUGUAAAAAAUUCCGUGCGAUCGAAAUGUGUGGUGGAAGUUGAAUUUGAUGAAGCCCAAAACCGAAUUAAAUCAAAAACAAAUCAAUUAAAGUGAGAAUUAAAUGAUUAAUUAGCCAGAGGUGAAACAGUGCGAUAAGCUGAUUGGAUUAACUGAUUUUGUUUUAAAAAUCGGACACAGCCAAACAAAAAUCGAAGAAACAAUUGAAAAAGUGCCAGUGCCAAGGAAAUUCACACAAAAGUUAAGAAGAAAUUCGAAUAUAAUACAAAAGUUGUCGUGUCGCUGUCUGGCAAGUGCAAUAUAAAUUGAUAUUUAUAUGUGUAUGUUUGUAUGUACACAUUAUAUUGUUAAUCGGAAUAAUAAGUACGCAAAUCAAGGCAAAAUUAUUGUACAUAACAUAAAGUGCAGCCGUAAAUAUUCCAAGAAAUUAAAUAACAUAAAAUAAGGUGCAUUGAAAAUUGCCGCUCGGAUUCGAUUGCAUUUUUUUUUGUUACGGUGUGGAAAUUUUUGUUGACGCCGCGCUUCUGGCCCGAGGAAUCAUAUGCAGCCGGUCGGUGUCUUAUAUGAAUCUUGAUUUCCGCCCGGAGUCUUGUUCGCCGACGACAGCAGAAAGCAGCAGCAGAAAGAGCCCAAGCCAUUUCGUCAGCUCCAUGUACGACUACCGACGAUAUUACGCACAAACCCAUGUUGGAUUAUAAUUUAUACCCUUAAAUUUGGGGGCUACAAUGCGGCCAGAAAUAUACAAUGUUACUACAGUUCACGCUGCCCAAUGUCAGGACUAUUUUUAUACUGAUGGUAAUGCUUGCUCUUGGGAUCAAAACAGGCGCAAAGAAAACAGACGAAUAUGUUUUAACAUUGAAGACAGACAACGAUCGUGCGCUGCACAUCAACGCGCACGGCAAAGUGACCGCAGAGGAUAUAUCAGUGGCACAAUCCUUCACAAUGGACAGUGUGGGCGAUGCACUGAGUGUGGACUUCAAAAUAACCAUCUAUGCCAGGGAUGUCGACUACUAUCUGUGCUUCCAUCAAGGCAGAUUGGUUGGAAAGAGAAACGCCACAAACGAUUGCCACUUCAGGGAGUCUAUGGAUCAUGGCUAUUAUCAGUUUACACACGCCUACAAUCCGGUGCUGCAUGUGGGCAUCAAGCGCAACUUUAGGCCCAUCGGGCCGCGGGACAUGGAGCGGCCGAAGCGUAUGCGCAAUGCCUGUUUCCUCUUCUAUCGCUCCGAGGCAGAGCACUUCCACAGCAACAUGGCGCUGUUGGGCACGCGGAAACACAAGUUGGCCAAAGCCACGAAAGCGACCAGCACCACGCCCAGUACUACCAGCAGCAGCACCGCCCCUAGCCCUACUACAACCACAACCACCCUCCCCCCAACAACAACAACAACAACAACAGCAACAAUGUUGAGCCCAGUGUCAGUAUCGGGCACGAAACGCGUGCGUGGCAAGCCGCGUCGCCCCGCAGCAGCAGCAGCAGCAGCACCAUCUUCAGCAGCAGCAACAAGUAUUACUAGCGAUAGUUCUUCAAUAAACCACAACAACACACCCCACAAUAGCAACAGCAACAGCAACAGCAACAGCAACAACAAUAGCCUUAAGUCCUACAACCAAGCCAAUAGCAACAACAACAAUAGCAACAACAACAGCAAGAAAGUCAACCAUUUGGAUGACAGAUUGCAGGAGCAAAAAAUCAUCAAACGAAACUGGGAACGGCGACAGCACCGCCAGCGUCAGCAUCAGCAGCAUCGACUGCGCCAGCGGCAUCACAGCGGCGCCGCCGGUGCCAUGCAACAGCCGCAGCCGAAGAACCUGGAGGUGCGUCACCAUCACAACAACGCCACCCUCAUGGAGCGGCGCAGACGCCGGCGGCUGGAGCGACGCCGCCACAAGCAGCAGCAGCAGCAGUGGGAGCAGGAGCAGCGUGAGGGGUCGUCGCCGGAACGCGAUACCGAGCACCUGCCCAAGGCAUCCUCGUCCGCCUCCUCAUCCUCCUCGUCGUCGGCCACCGCAACGGCGCUGACGGCCACGGCCGCCUCGCUGGCCCCCUCCGCCCUCAAUCUGGUGGCCAUGUUGGCUGCCAGUCGCCGCAAGCGGGACAGGCGGAAAAGGUCUGCUGCCGCCGCAGCAGCGGGAACAGCGACAGUCGCUGGUGCGGGCGGGGCGUCCGCAAGUGGGGCGGACAUGCAGCUGAUGGAGAUGGCCUCGCAGCGACAGCAGCAGCGGCAGAUGGAGCAGCAGCAGCUGGAUGAGGUGCUGGAGCGGGAGCGGGAGCAGCAGCAACAAAAUGAAUACUCAACCAUACCCUAUGUUAAUAGAAACCUAACCCUAAGCCCAGAGCAAACCCUGCAGCCACCACAACACCUAAACGUAAGCCGUAGCCUAAAUGUAGUAGAACUUAGCCCUAAGCUAAAUAGUAAUAGCGAUAAUGUUAAUAAUGCAAUACCUGCCUUGCCAAAAAACUACAACUACUUGUACAGUAACGAGCAUUAUAAUAUGAAUACUAAAAGUAGCACGACUGAUUCUAGUAGUUUAGAGACUAGCACUAAGUUCGAUAGUCCAAAUAGCCAUAGCCAUAGCCAUAGCCAUAGCCAUAGCCAUAGCCAUAGCCAGAGCGCGUUCAAUCAGAAUAUUGACAAUAAUCUUAAGGAAUCCAACGAUCGAAUUGACAGUGUGGCAGAUGCAGUUGAAACUGCAACUGUAACGGAAAGAGAAGCAGAAACAGAAACAGAAGCAGAAACAGAAGUAGAAGUAGAAGCAGAUGUGGUGGAGAAUCGCAAUCAUAUUGAUGCUAAUAAUAUAGUCGACGAGGACGAGCAUGAGCACGAAAAAAAUAUUCUAAAGAAGCUUUUUCGUAGCCUAGAGCUGCCACAGCCGCAGCAGCAGCAGCAGUUGGAGCAGCCGGAGCAGCCGGAGCAGCAGCCUCAGCAACAACCUAAUAUUGAUAACUAUAAUGCAAAUAUUAACGUUGUUAACGAUAAUCAAUAUCGCAAUGAUAAUGAUAACGACAAUGGGCUGCUGAUCAACAAUAACCAUAAUAGUAAUUAUAACGAGCAAUUUGCGAAUGACGAUGAAACGAUACGAAUUCAAAAUAAUAAAUAUGAAACACAUAUAGUACAAUACAAAUCUGUGGUUUUUGGCACCUUCCUACAGCCUACUUAG